AUGGGCAACUCGUCGUCAACGUCAAAGACGGCAGAAACACGCGUCGAUGGAGGGUUUCUGACCCCGCGCGGCAUCUAUACAGGCCCUCACGACUGGAAUCAGCACACAGUUGGCCAUUUGAUCCUCGAGCGACGGCUUGCCCCCUUUUACCGUCCGCUCGAGGACUAUGACGAAAGCUGGGACGAUGAAACAAUACUUGCAAACCGCAGAGGACCAGACACGGACGCUGACCAGCACGCCCACGAUGCCCACAAGCACGGCAAGUCUCAGCAGCGCUCGUCCAGGGAGCCCCCGAGACCGUCAGAUGCCCAAAUCUACAAGGGUGCCAUCGAGUGUCCCAUUUGUUUCAUGUAUUAUCCCCCAAACAUCAAUCACUCCCGCUGCUGUUUCCAGGCAAUAUGUACGGAAUGCUUUGUCCAAAUUAAGCGCAACGAACCCACUCCGACUCAUCUCGUCUCUGAGCCUGCCUGCUGCCCUUAUUGCCAACAGGAAAACUUUGGGGUCACCUAUACCCCGCCUCCGUGGAGAACCGGCCUCUCUCCAGACUCCCAUAUGACUAGACCCGACAUGCACAAGAGUGCCUCGACGCAGUCAGAGUCUUCGCGUAGGAAGAGCCUCAGUCACGACAAUCCAAAUGUCGUCACUAUAGAUCAAAUUCGGCCCGAUUGGGAGGAGCGACUUGCAGCCGUAAAGGCAGCUGUCGCACGUAGAGCAAAUCGCCGGAUCAUUAUGCGCCAGGUGGGUGACCGUCUGAUACCCGUCGGGGUCACCAGCAGUCGAACGCAACUCCCAGAGGGUAUUACCACUGUCGAGGAUAUUGAAGAGUUGAUGCUGAUGGAGGCUAUGCGGCUCUCUCUAUUGGACCAAGAGAGGGCAAAUAACCAGGCAUCAAAUAAUCCCCCGUCCGACUCGAGGCUGGCUAGAGAUGGAGGCAGGAACCGACAAAGUCAGGGAGGUCCAGCCUUGUCGGCUUUGGCAACACCACUCGUCAAUGCCAGCAAUUUGGUGGCUGUAUCGACUGCGAUGCCGGGCCAAACUCUGCCCGAAGCUGCAGGUAGCCCUGCUCCGAAUCCUAUUCGUAGCCCAUCGCCACAUGUGCGAACCCAUUCCAACCCUCCCCCUACAACGACACUUGCAGCAGCUCUAUCAGCAAGCAGUACAGCCAGCGCUGUGCUCCAAAGCUCCGAGACGGAUACAGGUGUGACAUCUCCCCCAUCCAGUAAUGGAGAGCCAACGGUAGAGACACCUCCAGCGCGUAGCGAGGCCGGUGGGACGACAUUGAUUCACGAGGAUGUGGAAUCAAAUCAUGGCGGACCGUCGACAAUCGUCUCACCACCCGAGGAGCAUGCGGGCGUAAAGGCAAAUACACAACAGCUGGAAUAUGUCAAACCAUCCGAGGAGAAUGUGACUUCGACUCGUUAA